AUGUGGGCUGAGGGUAGAAAGGACAUGGACGCAUUCGAGCGAGCGAGAGGUCACAAACACACACUCAUUGUGUCCGGUCGGUCUGCUGCAGCAACAACAACAGCAGCGGCCGGUGAGGUUUCGUUCAGUGUGGGUCGAAUAAAAGAAACAAAGGAACCGUCUCUUAACUUCGGGUCAUGUCAUUUCUUGGCGUGGCGUUGA